CGGGGCUGUGGUGUAGGAGGAGGAGUAGGUGGGCGGGGCUGUGCGUGGAGCCGGUCCCAUGUGGAGCUGCAGUGACAGGGAGAGCGCGGACAGCGGCACUGGGAGAUACCACAGCAGGGAUAAGAGAAGGAGGAGGUAGACUGGCACAGGCUGCCCCCCAGAAGACUUCAACAUGGGUAUGGGGGGGCAGAGCGGCGAGGGCUGCAGCUCGGGGGACUGCGUGAAGCCAGAGGCUCGUUACAGUUGGGAGGAGAUCCAGAAGCACAACCUGAAGACAGACAAGUGGCUGGUGAUUGAGCGCAAAGUGUACAACAUCACUGAAUGGAUGAAGCGCCACCCAGGGGGCAUGAGAGUCAUCGGGCACUACGCUGGGGAAGACGCCACGGAUGCCUUCCAUGCAUUCCAUCCAGACAAGACCUUUGUCAGGAAAUUUCUCAAGCCGCUCUACGUCGGAGAACUUGCUGAGAAUGAACCCAGCCUGGACCGGGACAAGAACGGACAGCAGGUGGAAGAUUUCCGAGCACUAAGGAAAACAGCCGAGGAUAUGGGACUUUUUAAAGCCAACCCGGCCUUCUUUGUACUGUACCUGUUCCACAUUCUGCUGAUCGAGAUCCUAGCCUGGUGCAGCCUCCACUAUCUUGGUACUGGUUGGAUACCAACCAUAAUCACCGUUCUGCUCCUCACCAUUUCCCAGGCCCAGGCUGGCUGGCUCCAGCAUGAUUUUGGGCAUCUCUCCGUCUUCAAGAAAUCAAAAUGGAAUCGCUUUGUCCACAAAUUCAUCAUCGGCCAUCUAAAGGGAGCAUCGGCAAACUGGUGGAAUCACAGACACUUCCAGCACCAUGCGAAGCCCAACAUAUUCAGCAAAGAUCCUGAUGUUAACAUGGUCAAUGUGUUUGUGCUCGGAGACACUCAGCCUGUGGAGUUUGGCAAGAAGGGGAUUAAGUAUUUGCCGUAUAAUCACCAACACCUUUAUUUCUUCCUGAUUGGCCCGCCUCUGCUGAUUCCUAUAUAUUUCACCAUCCAGAUCAUGAAAACAAUGAUAAGUCGGAAAGACUGGGUGGAUCUGGCCUGGUCAAUAUCUUAUUAUACUCGAUUUUUCAUCACAUUUGUUCCAUUCUUUGGUGUUUUGGGUUCUAUAGUCCUGAUCAAUGCUGUGAGGUUCAUUGAGUCUCACUGGUUUGUAUGGGUGACACAGAUGAAUCACCUCCCCAUGGCUAUUGAACACGAGAAGCAUCAGGACUGGCUAAACACCCAGCUGGCUGCUACUUGCAACAUAGAGCCGUCAUUCUUCAACGACUGGUUCAGUGGGCACCUCAACUUUCAGAUUGAGCAUCAUCUGUUCCCUACUAUGCCCCGGCACAACUACUGGAAGAUCGCUCCCCUGGUCCGCUCUCUAUGCAGCAAAUACAACGUGACUUAUGAAGAGAAGUGUUUGUACCACGGCUUUAGGGACGUCCUCAGGUCCCUCAAGAAGUCAGGCCAGCUGUGGCUAGAUGCCUACCUCCAUAAGUGACCCACCUCUGGAUUCACCUCACUCACUUGACCUUCUACUAACACAAGUGUCACCUACGAUGAAUGGAUAUUGUAUGUUUAGAUGUUUCACAAACUGCCUCCAAUAAGGGUAAGGCCACACUGGGCGUUUUGGGGAGAUUUGGUCGCCUGGCGACUAAUCGCCUCGUCUUUGCGGCGACCAAUCUCCCCAAACGCCUUCCCUCACUCUGCCCCGGCUAAAGUGAAAAAACACUGGAGCUUCACACACGCGGCGGUUCGAUCUCCGAAGUUGCCAAACUUCGGGCGACUUCGGAAAACGAAUAGCCGCGUGUGAUUAGCGCCGGUGUUUUUUCAUUUUAGCUGGCGCAGAGUGAGGGAAGGCGUUUGGGGAGAUUGGUCGCC